CCCAAGCCCUCCCAACCGAUGCCUUUGGAAAUCUCGAGUUCCAAGGUGGAGGUCAUAUCAAUAAGUCCAUGUACAUCCGAGUUUCCUAUGAUACCAAGCCAGACUUGCUGCUCCAUCUCAUGGUGAAGGACUGGCAGCUGGAACUCCCCAAGCUCUUAAUAUCUGUCCAUGGGGGGCUCCAGAACUUUGAACUGCAGCCCAAACUUAAGCAAGUGUUUGGGAAGGGCCUCAUCAAGGCUGCCAUGACCACUGGUGCUUGGAUUUUCACCGGAGGAGUCAGUACAGGAAUCAUUCGCCAUGUUGGAGAUGCCCUGAAAGACCAUUCUUCCAAGUCCAGAGGACGCAUCUGUGCCAUUGGCAUUGCCCCAUGGGGCAUUGUGGAAAACAAGGAGGAUCUGCUUGGGAAAGAUGUGACAAGGCUUUAUCAAACAAUGUCAAACCCGCUCAGCAAACUUUGCGUGCUGAACAGCUCCCAUACACACUUCAUCCUUGCCGACAACGGCACCCUUGGCAAAUAUGGGGCAGAGGUGAAACUGAGGCGCCAGCUGGAAAAGCACAUCUCCCUGCAGAAAAUCAACACCCGCCUGGGGCAAGGAGUUCCUGUGGUAGGACUGAUAGUUGAAGGUGGCCCCAACGUGAUCUCGAUUGUCUUGGAAUAUCUGCGUGAAGAGCCACCACUUCCCGUUGUCAUCUGUGACGGCAGCGGACGGGCAUCGGACAUUAUAUCAUUUGCACACAAGUACUCAGAAGAAGGGGGCAUCAUAAGUGAAUCUCUUAGGGACCAGCUGCUGGUCACCAUUCAGAAAACGUUCAACUACAGUCGGAAUCAAGCUCAUCAGCUCUUUGUGAUUCUCAUGGAAUGCAUGAAGAAGAAAGAACUGAUUACAGUGUUCCGCAUGGGAUCUGAAGGGCAGCAAGACAUUGAGAUGUCCAUCUUAACGGCUUUACUUAAAGGUACCAACGUCUCUGCACCAGAUCAGUUGAGCUUAGCUCUGGCCUGGAACCGGGUCGAUAUUGCACGCAGCCAAAUCUUUGUCUUCGGGCACCAUUGGCCGCCACUGGGAAGCCUUGUUGUCCCAGAUGGGACAUUUCAGGAAAAGGAGAAGAAAUCUCCAGCACCUCAAGCGAAAGGAGCAAGAGGGAAAGGGAAGGGGAAAAAGAAAGGUGGGAAGCAGAAAGAAGAACCAGAAGAGGAACUGGAUCCAAGGAAACUCGAACUGUUAAACUGGGGAAAUCUACCCCCGGAUUACCACAUCAGCCUCAUUGACAUCGGCCUGGUGCUAGAGUAUCUCAUGGGAGGGGCCUAUCGUUGCAACUAUACACGGAAGAGAUUCCGAACCCUCUACAACAAUUUAUUUGGACCCAAAAGGCCUAAAGCUCUUAAACUUCUAGGGAUGGAGGAUGACGAGCCUCCAACUAAAGGAAAGAAAAGGAAAAGGAAGAAGGAGGAAGAUGUUAGCAUCGAUCUGGACGAUCCGGAAGUCAGCCGUUUCCAGUAUCCCUUCCACGAGCUCAUGGUUUGGGCAGUGUUGAUGAAGAGGCAAAAAAUGGCCCUUUUUCUAUGGCAGCGUGGAGAAGAAGCCAUGGCCAAAGCCUUGGUGGCCUGUAAGCUCUACAAGGCCAUGGCCCACGAGUCCUUGGAGAGCGAGCUGGUAGAUGACAUCUCCCAAGAUCUGGACAACAACUCCAAGGAUUUUGGCCAGCUGGCCGUGGAGCUGCUGGAUCAGUCCUACAAGCACGAUGAGCAGGUGGCCAUGAAACUCUUGACCUAUCAGCUGAAGAACUGGAGCAACUCUACCUGCCUGAAACUUGCUGUGGCGGCAAAACACAGGGAUUUCAUUGCACACACUUGCAGCCAGAUGCUGUUGACUGACAUGUGGAUGGGAAGGCUGCACAUGCGGAAAAACCCAGGUCUUCAGGUCAUAAUGGGGAUCCUCUUACCUCCCACCAUCCUCUUCCUGGAAUUCCGCACCUAUGAUGACUAUUCCUAUCAAACAUCCAAGGAGAAAGAAGUUGGCAAAGAAAAAGAGGAGGACAAUGCGGAUGCGAAUGCUGAUGUUGGCUCUCGAAAGGGAGAUGAAGAGGAUGGGAACAAAAAGCAGAGGGGUCUUCCCAUUGGAACUAAGAUCUGCGAAUUCUAUAAUGCGCCAAUUGUGAAGUUCUGGUUUUACACUAUAUCCUACCUGGGCUACUUAAUGUUGUUCAAUUACAUCAUCUUGGUUCGGAUGGAACGCUGGCCCUCGGUCCAAGAAUGGGUGGUCAUCUCGUACAUCGUGACUCUGGCUUUAGAGAAAGUCAGGGAGAUUUUGAUGUCAGAACCGGGGAAGCUAAGUCAGAAAAUCAAAGUGUGGCUGCAGGAAUAUUGGAACAUCACCGAUUUGGUGGCCAUUUCUGUGUUCCUGAUUGGAGCUAUUCUUCGCUUGCAAAACCAACCUUACAUGGGUUACGGAAGAGUGAUCUAUUGUGUGGAUAUCAUUUUCUGGUACAUCCGUGUCCUGGACAUCUUUGGUGUGAACAAAUACUUGGGACCCUACGUCAUGAUGAUUGGAAAGAUGAUGAUUGACAUGCUGUAUUUUGUGGUCAUUAUGCUGGUGGUCCUGAUGAGUUUUGGGGUGGCCCGCCAAGCCAUCCUCCAUCCCGACGAGGAACCCUCUUGGAGACUGGCCCGUAAUAUCUUCUACAUGCCUUACUGGAUGAUCUACGGAGAGGUCUUUGCAGAUCAGAUAGACCGUAAGAGCAGAAUUCAUACUCCUUGUGGGGAGAACCUUUAUGACGAGGAUGGGAAACGGCUCCCCCCUUGUAUUCCUGGUGCUUGGCUGACUCCUGCAAUCAUGGCUUGUUACCUGCUGGUUGCCAACAUUCUCCUGGUCAACCUGCUGAUUGCUGUCUUUAACAACACUUUCUUUGAAGUGAAAUCCAUCUCCAACCAAGUCUGGAAAUUCCAGCGGUAUCAGCUGAUCAUGACAUUCCACGACAGGCCUGUUCUCCCACCACCCAUGAUCAUCUUCAGCCACCUUUACAUCAUUAUUGUCCGCCUUUGCUGCCGCUGGAAGAAGCCAAAAGAAGGGGAUCAAGAUGAGCAGGAUCGCGGGCUGAAGCUGUUUCUAAAUGAUGAAGAGUUGAAGAAACUUUACGAAUUUGAGGAGCAAUGUGUGGAGGAAUAUUUCCGGGAAAAAGAGGAUGAAGAGCAGUCGUCAAAUGAUGAACGUAUCCGAGUUACUUCUGAAAGAGUUGAAAAUAUGUCUAUGAGAUUAGAAGAAGUGAACGAAAGGGAGCAUUUCAUGAAAGCUUCUCUUCAGACAGUGGAUCUUCGGCUUUCUCAGCUGGAAGACAUCUCUGGCCGAAUGGCAAAUGCUUUGGAGAAACUGGCGGGCAUUGACAAAACAGAGCUGACUCACACACGUUCCCGGGCGUCCUCUGAAUGCGAUGCUGCUUACCUCCUGAGACAGAGCAGCGUCAAUAGUUCUGACGGUUACAGCAUCUAUCGCUACCAGACUGAUGAGCUGGUCUAUGAUACGUUGCCCACUCCGUUGUCUCCAGCACUGACCUUACGUAAAGCAGAUUCCAAGAUACAGCUGGUCCCAGAUCGCCAAGGAAGCCUCCGCUCUGUCUUUUGCCCAAAUGCGGCAACCUCUGUGGAAACCAGUAAAAACACCUUAGAGGUCAUUCAGACUGUCCCUAGGUCAUAUUCCAGUUCAGUAGACCCACAAGACCACUGUCCAAACAAUGAGUCCAUAUCUCAAACCCUUAGACAAACAGAUAGUAUUGUGAACAGUCAGUCUAGAACCCAACCAGAUCUGCGGAAUGCCCAGUUGCCUCUAGAGAGGACCAAGUUGGAAGCCACCAUCUCUUACCCCUUGGACAAGCCUAGAGCAAGGAGGUACUACCCAACUGAAACAGGCCAUGCUUGUCAAGCAGCCAUAAUGAAGUCAAAGAGUUUUAUUUUUGCAAAAGGUGGAAAGUUGGUUGGCGGGAUUAACAACUGGACAGUGAUGGACAAAGAAUGUAGGACUGUCAUGAACCAAGUGUGCCCUUCUGUAAUUCAGCAAUGGACUGCUGAGUGGAAGUAUGAACUUCAGCAAAAAGCGGCUGAUGAGCUCCCGCCUGAAUAUCCAGGUAUUGUGCCUAAGCCAGAGAAGCAAAAACAUUUGCUGGCCAACCCUGAGGAGAAUAGUGAGACUGGCAAAGUUGAGGGUCUAAGUCUCUCCCCUGUGACCUCACCUUUCACCCUAAGGAGGCCAACUUGCAACCAGCUCUUGGUGAAGUCAGGAAGAACUUGUGGAUUUUCACCUGGGCGGUCAAAGAGUUUACACAGCCAUUCUCAGAAAACCAAGUCCAUUAAGGAGAAGCUAAAUCGGCCAGGACACGCCAGCAGUAUCAGCAGCCUGAUGGUACCUUCUGGAUCUGCAAUGGAGGAGCGGAAAAGAAAUCAAGAAAAAGCCUCCACAGAAACUGAAUGCUAAACAUGACCUUUUCCAUCAGUGAGCCGCAGGAGAUGAGGUUGGACUUGCUUUGCUAAGCCUUGAUAAGAAAAGACUGAUACUACUUCUCAAGGACCUUGAAAGGAUGCCACAUGCAAGAAGACCAAACCUGUUCUGUCUCAUUUCCUUGGGCAACGUACUUACAAUAAUGGAUGGGGGGGCAGAUUCCAACUGAACCUUAGGAAAACCUCCUAACAUUGAGAGAGCCAGUGACCAAGAGGAAAGGAGAAGCCACUUCACUGGAUGUGCUCCAACAGAGGCUAGUUAGCGGAUCUGUUGGAGAGGGUUUCAUUUGGAUCCCUGAACUGAGCAGUGGAUGCAACGUGAUGAUCUCCGUGGCCUCUUCCAGCUCAAGGACUUUAUAAUGCAUAAACAUGGCAGGCACAAAGAAAGACAGGCAGACAUGAUGGAAUCCCUGUAUCUCUUUUUCAGAGAUAUUCAAGCUCUGUUUCUUCUCUAAAGCACUCCCUGGUUCAGAUGGAUACCCACAGGAGGGCAUGAGCAAUGUCAUGCUGCAGCCUAAGCUUCUUGUCCCUCAUGCUGCUCCCAGCUAUUUCUUAACCCUGCAGAAACUCCUGCCUGGAUUGCAGUGGGCUGGCCAUGGGGCCAGGCUGGACUAUGGCCACCUGACUGGUUGUUCCUCUGUUUCUUGGUCUUCCCAUCCAUUCCCUCCUCACUAGACUCUGUGCCUUUCCUUUCCUUUCCCAAAUGUUUGCACCCAAAUGGGUGCCUUCAACACCUACCACCACUAGCCCUUCGAUACCAAUGCAGAACAUUUUCUGUUUUCUUUUUCCUCCUUCUGGCACCACUGUUGCACGGAUGCUACAAUAAUCAAAGCAACAGGGAAUGGACUGUUCUUUUGUUCCCUUGUAGACCCAUGGAAUCUUUGCCGUAAGGAGCAACUGAUAGUUCAGCUUCAUAUAAACCAGAUCCUACGUUGCAGCUUCAAGAUGUUUAAAAAAUAAAGGAAAAGG